AUGAGGAUCUACAGCAUUGGCCAAGACCUGGCAGAGCGCCUACACCCCCAAGGAUACAAUGUCGUCGUCUCAGGCAGACGCUCAAAGGAAGGCGAGGCCAUCGCCUCCCAGCUAGACCCCACCGGGGAGACGGCCAUAUUCGUCCAGUGCGACGUCACCUCGUACAAGUCCCAGGCCAAUCUCCUCAAGACAGCCUGGAACAAAUGGAACCGCCUGGACGCCUUCAUCGCUAACGCAGGCAUCAUCGACCGCGGCUCCCGCUACAACCUGAGCCGCAAGGGCGCCGCGAUCGACGACAUCCCGCCCGAGCCGGACCUCAGCUGCACGGACAUCGACGUCAAGGGCGUCAUCUACGGCACGGAGCUCGCCGUGCACUACAUGCGGCACAACCCCGAGCAGGCCAAGGGGGGAAAGAUCAUCGUGACCGGCAGCGCGGCGGCCAUCUAUCCGAUAAUCAACCUGCCCGAGUACAGCGCCGCGAAGGCGGCGGCGUUGCAGUUCGCGCGGGUGAUGGCCCCGAUGCUGGCGCUGGAGGGCAUUACUAUCAACAACGUGCUUCCCAACGGCUACGACACGGAUAUUUUGCCGGGCUUCCAGGAGGCGUUUCUGGACGAGCAUCUGACCAAGAAAGAGUGCCUCAUGACGGCAUUCGAGGUGUUCCUGGACGAUGAUGCUGGUGAGAAGACCGGGCAGGCGAUCGAGACGGCGUACGAGUCUCACUAUUACCACGAAGUGCCGCCAGGCAUGAGUGGGGCGGUGAAUGAGAGGGUUGUCAAGGUAUUUGAGCCAUGGUUUGAGAUGAUGCACGGUCAGGCGAGUGGGUUGCCGGAUACAAUUAAGGGGCCGCUCAGGACACUGUCCAAGUAA